UAUGUCUGUGUCGACUACAAAACCAAUACAACCCGUGGUAUACCUAACCCGUAUCGAGUCAUUUAGUACAGCACAUCGUAUGAAUAGUCCACUACUGGAUCAACAAACAAAUAAACAAACUUUUGGCAAAUGUAAUGCAAUUCAUGGACACAAUUAUAAGAUAGAGUUGACUGUCAAGGGAACAGUAGAUCCGAUUACUGGGUUUCUGGUAGACAUUGCAGUUCUCAAGAAAAUCAUUGACGAGACUAUUAUGAAACCGUUUGACCACAAGUUUAUCGAUACAGAUGUACCAUAUUUUUUGGAUAAUAAUAUCGUGUCGACGGCUGAAAACAUUGUCGUCUAUAUAUGGAUAGAGGUUUCCAAAAGAUUGCCUACAAAUGUUGAGUUACAUACAAUCAAAUUGCAUGAAACUGAUAGAAAUUUGGUCACAUUUUCGGGUGAAUUUCUAUAG